AUGUAUGAACCACAUUGUUUUUCCAUCGAUUUAUCGGAAAAUCCUCAGUAUUGCUCAAAUGUUAUUCCCAACUUUCUUUUAUCAGUUUUGCCGGACGCGAAUUGCCAAGCUGGAAAUUUUACGAAGUCGACGAAUAAUCAACUUCAAACAAAUUUAUAUGAAGAUCAGAUCAGAUUAGGAUCAAUCUCUUAUAAUGCUACAGCACAAUAUCCCAGUUCGGUUCCUGCAGUUUGGUCACUCGAAGCGAAUAUGGUCCGUUUCAAAUCACCAAUUAACUCUAUCAACAAUGCAUAUGUGCAGGAACAGAUAACAUCUCAGGCAGAUGUGCCUCACCAUUUAGAUGUCAACUCGAUGAAAAAUGCGAGUGGUGAAUCGAACAGUUAUUUAGAAUUAGAAAAAAGUUUGGCAUUUAUGAAUCAUUUUUCAUUCAUUAUAUGA